AUGUCUUCCUCCCGAUACUCGACGACAACCAGCUCAACCAACCCAUCAAAAUACUCCUAUUCUCCAGCAGCACAGUCUAGCUAUUCCUCUUCCCGCCCAGGUCAACGCCCCUCUCCAUUCCAACCACCCUCCCAACCAGCCCUCAAACCAACACACCUCUCCUCCCCCUUGCCAGACGACAACGACGACUUCUCCCUCACAAUGCCAGGCAUCGAUCCCCUCUCCUUCUUCCUCACCCCCCCAACCCCCUCGGCCCCCUACCCACAGGACGACGACACGGCCAUGCUCGACUUUGACUACUUUGACUACUCGGCCGGCAUCGACGAUUCUUCUUCGGCCGACGUCAGGAGCGUCAGCCCUUCCAGCCUAGCAGGCUUCUCCCGCCCUGACGGCCCGCGCCCCCCUACUCCCCCUCGGGUCUCCUCCCCUGCUGUGAGCACCCCCGAUUUGGAGUUUGACUACGGGAGCUUGGGAGCCAGCCCGGAAGGUGACACGCUCAUGGAGGAAUACUACCGCCAUCGGAUGGGCGGUUACGGGGGUGUUCCGCUUUUGUUGAAGGACUUUACCAAUGCUGCUGGGGGGAACAAGAAGAGGGGCAAGUUUACCAAGGGGAGUGGGGGGGAGAGGCAUGCGGGGCAUCACCAUGUCUGGAGGGAGCCGAGUCCGGAUGUUUGGAGUAUUGAGGAGGAUCCGAGGGAGGAGGAAACGGGGGUGGUGGAUGUUAAGAAGAAGGGAAAGGGGACUACUAGGGGGGGUGGGAAGGGGAAGAUGGUGAAGAGGGUGAGGUUUGUUUUGCCUGGGGAGGAGGAGGGGCUUUACUGA